AUGAUAGACUUGAAUCCGGUGUUCCUAUCAACUAAGCUAAAGGUUAAAAGUGGUGGUGACAAAAAUAGUUCAUUUGUGGAAGAAGAGACAGAUUGGAGUGACUGGAAUACAAUAAAAGAGUACAAUAUUUCUGGAACUGGAGGUAAACAAGAAAAAACAAUGCAGUUCACAGUACCUCAAGAAAAAGGAUGGGACGUUUUUACAGAAAUCGAGAGUGAAGAAACCAUAAUACCACGUACUAUAAAAAUUACUAAAGCACCACGUAAAGAAAAGGAAGAUGAUGAGGAUGAGAAACCAACAGAGGCGAAACAAACUAAAAAGCCUAAAGAAGAAGAUGAUGAUGAAGGUCCAGAGUAUGAACGAGACUUUCAAAGAGAAAUCAGAAUUGGACGCAAAAAGAAAGGCAAAAAAAUUGGUGAAGAGGUUUCAAUAAAAUUACCUAAACAAGUCCGGAAGUCAAAUGACCCAGCUUUUUAUAAGAACUAGAAGAGAUACACAAGAAGGUAAACAAAAGAAACAUUAUGGUGUACACAAGUGUUUUUAACGUGACGAAAAUCACCGAAAGAUAACGUUUUAAAUUUUCAAUAUUCCCUCUUAAUAUUUUUCAAAUUAAAUUUAUCAUUUAAAAGAAAUCUGUAUUAGCGUUU